CACGCCGCGCGUCGACCGUAACCUCCAGAACUAUCCGAGGAGAGGAAUUUAAUCUGCGUGUUUUCGUUUUUAAUCGUAUAUGUCAUGGCUGGGUGCUGUGUGUGCAAGCAUCGUUCGGAAAAGGAUGGUUGUAAAUUCUAUAAGUUUCGAAAAUCACCCGCUAAACGGAAGAAAUGGGCGAGGUGCUUGAAGCUUCAAAACAGUCCUGGGCAAAGGCUUGUGUGUUCCUGCCACUUUCCUGGCAGUGACCCAACAAAAACUCCCAUGUCACCACACCGGCGUUCACCAAUAAAGAAUGCUGCUGGAUCCUCAAGUAAAGCUCGACGAGGGCUCUUCAGCUCAACGCCCAACCCUGCAUCUUCAUCAAGAGAUCAUGGAUAUUCAAAGGCGAGACGUGAGUCCUUUAGUGACAGUGGGUUUGCAGACAUACAAAUGGAAAUUAGCUGUGAACAAUCUGAUGUCACAAACCAGUGCAGUGAACAUGUAGAGAAUGUUAGGGAUGGCCUUGAUAAGAUCACUUUUUCUGACAGUAUGACCAAUUCGCCUUGGAAAGUAACUCCUCUGAGAGAUAGAUUGAGUACAGAAAAUGAGAAUUUGAAAGCAGCUCUGAAAGCCUCAGAAGAAAAAUUGGACAAAGCAAGAAAUGAUUUCAAUCAAAAUCUAAUGCAACAAUCAGAAGAGUUUGAAAAGAAAUUGAAGGAAGCAGAUGCAGUAUUUAAAGUAAAAUUACAACAAGAGCAAGCUAAGUUUGAAUUAAUUAUUAAACAAUUAGAAGACAAUUUAAGUUUAAAAAGCAAGGAGUUGGAGGAGACCUGUCAGAAAUUUCAAAAUAGAGAAUAUUAUUUGAAUUUAAAACUUAAAGAAUCAGGAGAUGGUUUCACAUUAAGAAGCAAGGAGCUGGAGGAAAACUGUCAGAAAUUUAAAAAUGUAGAAUGUGAUUUAAAUUCGAAAUUAAAACAAGGAGAGAAUGAAUUGAGAGUAAUGCAGAAAUCAAGAGAUACAUUCAAAAUGCAGUUGCAUAGCCUCUCUAGUGAAACUGAAGAGCUGAGGAAAAAAAUGCAGUUGCAAUCCAAAAACUUAGAGAUAUUCACCAAAGUGAGCAAUGCCUUGAAAAAUGAAAAACAGGAGUAUAAAAAGAAAUUACAAGCUUCUAAGGAAAGACUUUUGUUCAAGAACUUCAUCACAGAGGAUAACAUUGCCCAUUAUACAGGCUUGCCCAACAUUGGGACUUUCUACUGGCUUCUAAGUAUGGUCCAGCAGGAUAUACAGUACUACUUUGGUUCAGCUGUGAAAUGUCUGACUAAUGAAGAUCAGUUGUUCAUCACCCUUUUCAAACUAAGGCGUAAUGUCUCUCACCAGCUAUUAGCAGAUCUAUUCGAAGUUAGUCUGUUCACUGUAUCUAAUACUCUAAUCACAUGGAUUAGUGUUUUACAUAUCAUCGUAGUUGAAGGCAUCAUGGAAAAAAAUGUGCCUUCCCUGCAUAAAGUAAGACAGUCAAUGCCAGAAGCCUUCAGUAUGUAUCCAAACUGUCGGAUGAUUUUCGACUGCACUGAAGUGGAAGUGCAAGUGCCCUCACUUAUGAGCAAUCACAAUGAAGUUUAUAGUUCGUAUAAAAGCAGGACUACCUUCAAAGCUCUAAUCGUAAUUGCUCCUAAUGGGACAAUUAUUUAUGUAAGUGAUUUAUUUCCUGGCUCCACCUCAGACAAGGUCCUUGUAUACAACUGUGGGGUGUUGGACCUUCUGAAAGCUGGUGAUGCUGUCAUGGCAGAUAAAGGUUUUCCUAUUGGCGACCUCCUACCCCCUGGUGUUGAUCUCAACUUGCCUCCGUUCAAGGAGACACCACAGUUCACAAGAGGCCAGGUAAUGGAGACUCUAAAAAUUGCUAGAAGCCGGAUCCAUGUCGAACGUGCUAUUCUCAGAGUGAAGUACUUUCACAUCUUGGACAAGAUUCCACAGUCUUUGUUUAAGUUUUCAAGUAAAGUGUUCCAGGUGUGUGCUGGUUUAACAAACCUUAGAUGCUCACUGAUUAAGGAAGUGGAAGAUGACAUGAAAUCAUAAAAUAAAAUUGUACUUGUUUGCUUUUUAAAUUAAAUUGUAAUAUUUAUUGAUAAAUAUUUUUGUCAUGAGACUGAUUAAAA